ACGAAACAAAGCAACAUAAAUCAGAGCUAAAUAUACAUAAUAUCUCGAUCGUUCGGAGCCGUCAGAUCAGAAUCUGAUCAUGGACAAGGUGAUGAGAAUGUCAUCAGAGAAAGGAGUUGUGAUCUUCACCAAAGACUCAUGCUGUCUUUGCUACGCCGUGCAGAUCCUUUUCCGUGACCUUAGGGUUCAGCCAACAAUCCAUGAGAUCGACAACGAUCCUGACUGCCGUGAGAUAGAGAAGGCCUUAGUCCGUCUUGGCUGCGCCAACGCAGUUCCUGCUGUUUUUGUCAGUGGUAAGCUUGUGGGUUCGACCAACGAAGUCAUGUCGCUUCACCUAAGUGGCUCUCUCGUUCCCUUGAUCAAGCCGUAUCAGUCAUUUCAUAACUAGAAAAUGAAUGGAUCCUUAAAAAAAGAAGAUAAAUUGGUAUGUUGAUUAGAUAGUAAAUAAUGAUGGAAAUAUUACACGUAAAUGUGUAUCAUGUUGUUAUCUAUAUAUAUAGCUAAUUUUUAUAUUUUGUUUUGCUGAUCAUGUCGAAAACAUUUAAUUAACUAGCUUUGUAUUUCCCAGCUUAAUCAAUCAGUGGAUGUACUGAUGUGUUAUCUAUUGUAAUGGAGAAAAUUAUAUAUCAUAUAUGUUAUAUUGCC